AUGGCUUUACAAGAUGACCUGGGCCGUCUUCAUCGUUCCGUUUGUGCGCGAUGCUCUGGCCGAGUCAAUGGUCCGGUACCAACAACGCUUCCAGAUGAUGUGAUGGAAGAAUGCCAGUGGAAGGAGUUGCAGCACUCUGGCUUUGCAGAUGCAAAUGUUAGCUCUGAGUUGCAUCAUUUGGCGGAUGCAAAAGCAUUGUGCUUGCGCCGUGGAGAUCGUUGCCAAGGUGUGUCGUGUGACUUUGGGAAUCCAGCAAGGUGCCAUCUUGUCAAAGGCAAGCAGCUUACCUUAGCUGGCCAUGCAACACACGUUAAAGAGUGUUUGUCUUCUGGAGUCUGCCAGCACGAUCGACAAUCGAUAGAUUCUUCUGAGCUGCUGGAUCUGGACGCUGUAAUUGUGGUUCUGGCUCAUAACCGGGAGUCUGAUUUAGCCGACUGUUUGACUUCGUUGUUGAGUCUGGCUCAUAUCGACAUGUUUAAGUUGCAUGUGUCACUAGAUGAUGCUCAUCAUUAUGCCAGGAUGGCCGAUGUCGUUGCUGGCAUUGCCAAAGCCUACAACAAAACUAUUACGACUAUGCGCGUGCCAGAAAGGGAAAACAAUUUUACGUCGGACAACGCCGAACAGCAAAAGUGGUUCCAAACAAACACUGGCAAGAUAGCUCACCACUAUUGGGCAGCUUUCGAGCAGGUCUUCAUGGUGGACGGAUUCAAAUGGGCAAUAUUUGUGGAGGAAGAUUUGGUUUUUGCACCAGAUUUUCUAGCGCUUUUCAUCAGCACUUGGCAGCUGCUGCAGAAAGAUCACAGCCUGUGGUGUGUCAGCGGCUGGAACGAUGCAGGCUUUACGUUUGCCGUCUCUGAUCAGUGCCGCCUUUUUCGGACAUCGUACUUCCCUGGUCUGGGCUUCAUGCUGCCGCAACAGGUUUGGCUGAAGUUGCGGGAGGAGUGGCCAUCUGCACCGACCAUGGGUUGGGAUUAUUGGAUGCGCACCGCAUUUCGCCGAUCGCACAAGGAAUGCAUUGUUCCAGAAGUCCCCCGGAGUCGUCAUUUCAGCCACAAAGGAUCAUCCAUUACUCAAGAUCGCCAAGUUGAGUUCUUCCAGUCUAUGGCUCUGGCGAACCUAGUCAGCUCUUGCGUAAGCUCUCGUGGUUGCAAUCACUUCGGCAAUCUAUCUUACCUUAUGCAGGCAGAAUAUGAAACUUGGAUCUUGCGUGCCAUCCAAAAUGCUCGUCCGGUCAAAGGAUUGAGCGCAGUGCACCAGGUGGGCCAGCAGUGUGAGAAAGAGGCUGUCAACUUGGGAGUCCAUGAUGACCCAGACCUCUGCGCCGCGUUGGUUGGCUUGAGCCACUGCUCAAAAUACUUCAUGUUUGCGCCCAACUAUCCCAAUUGGGGCUGCAGGUGUUGUCAGGAUGUUCGGCCCCUGGGCAAGGCUCAUGUUUCAUGGUCGUUGUACGAAGCGCGCGGAGCGGUAGCAUUGGAUCCGAAGAAGGUGUACAUUGUGCCAUAUGUCAGAGAGUCCUUCAUGAACAUUGCACCCGUGUUUGGCUUGGUGCCAUUGAAGAUGACAAACGUGAUUCCGCCUGAUGUACGGGCGGAGCAUCAUGGUUUGGUAUUUGGUCGACAUGUUGUGUCUCAAGCCGUUGUCAUAUUCGCAGACAAAAGGAGCGACAAGCCAUACCUUCCGCAGUCCAUGCGUGUUGCGCGGGACAUGGAUGUUGUGCGACAACAGGCGGAUCAUGGAGAAAGUUGCGAUUCCGCUUGUGCCAAGACCGGUCGACGGUGUGAUGCUGAAGCAUUGCAUUCCCUGAACAACUGUCCGGACAUGGAGGAGGCAUUUGGUUGUAAAUACUGUGCGCAUCAGGUCGGACAAGAGCUGCCGGCGUACGUCGUCGACAAGUUUCAGCCUACUGUUGGACAAUGCCUGGUGACGUUCAUAUCUCAAAUGUCUUGUCAGGCACGCCACCCGGCCACACGGAGACUCUGCGCUUGCGCUGCUGUUGACAAACCCGACGUGCCUGCCUUCGUUCAUAACGGCACACGGCAGUACGUAAGAGCUAGUGACUGGGAAUCCCAGAUUGUAGAAGUGGGGGGGCAUGUGCAAAAGGGUCAAGUGGCACUCCUUGAGCCUUCCUCAGCCAUUUUGGCGCACACCCUGAGUGGGUGUUGA